AUGGCACUCCUGACCGGCUACCACUUAGCUGGGGUGGGAGUCGCUGGCCUGUUCUUCGUCGCUUCCGCAAGAGUGUGGGGCAAACGACAUUUGUAUCUAUUAGGGACAGUCCUCAUCAUCAUUAGUAGCGCAUGGGGUGGCGCAAGUGGAACAAAUUACAAGAGUUUGCUAUGGGCUAGAAUCAUACAAGGAGUCGGACUUGCCCCAUUCGAGGCCCUCGUAAAUGCAAGUGUCGGAGAUUUGUAUUUUGUUCACCAACGGGGCAUUCGCAUGGCCGUCUCCAACCUUGCUCUUUUCGGAGGAGCAUUCUUCACACCUGUUCUUGUCGGGAAGAUUACGCAUACUAUAGGCUGGCAAUGGAGCUUUUACCUAAUCGCCAUAUUCUGCGGCUGCAUGCUCCCCUUCAUCAUAUUCUACUGCCCAGAGACCGCCUUCCGAAGAGAUCAACAGUUCAACACCGACAUCACCGGCGAACGUGAGGCGAUACCGCUCCAGUCCACGAAUGGUCAAGCCCACGACAGCGACAAGCGCACAGGAUCAAGUCCAAGCAACUCGACCGAGAACAUGAACAAAUCGUCUACCAAUCCGAACGCACCCAAAAGCUCCUACAUUCGCACUCUUCUUCCCUUCAAUGGCCGGAAAACCAACGAAUCAUUCUUCAAGCUCCUCCUGCGCCCCUUUCCUCUCUUCCUUCAUCCAGCUAUCCUUUGGGCAACACUCACACAAGGCGCUCUAAUUGGCUGGACCGUACUCAUCGGCGUUGUCCUUGCUGCAGUUUUCCUUGGCCCACCUCUCUGGUUCAACGAGGUGGAGACGGGAUACAUGUACGCUGGCCCAUUCGUAGGAGCAAUUUUAGGAUUCAUCCUUAGCGGCCUACUGGCAGACUGGAGCGCAAAACUUAUGACGCAACGGAACAAGGGCAUUUAUGAACCCGAGUUCAGGAUCCUGCUCGUCAUUCCGCAGCUCAUCAUUGGGUGUCUGGGACUAUAUGGCUUUGGUGGUACGGCGGCCAAUCCUACAAAAUAUCAUUGGUUCUGGCCGGACUUUUUCUUCGCACUGGAGGUUAUGGGGAUGGUGAUUGGUGCGGUGGCCAGCGCACUGUAUAUCGUGGAUGCGCAUCCUUACGACUGGCUCAAGACCGGCGGUAUUGCCGAGAUCUUCUACAUUGUCGCAAGCGUACAGGUGGCCAUUUGCCUUUUGAGCAUUCCAAUGUGUAAGCCUACUUAA